AUGGAGACCAAUGGCGAGCAAGGACAGGGAGAGAGCUCCGCUCGCUCCAAGAAACAGCGGAUGUCUCGCAAGUAUCGAGGUUUGACGUGUGCCAAUUGCCGCGCCAAGAAGGUUCGAUGUGAAGGGAGUCAACCGACCUGUAAAACAUGCGAGGUCUACCAUGUCGAAUGUCGCUACGACAAACCCCCACCGCUGUCCCAAGUUGUUGCGAUGGCGCGCAAACUUCAAGAGGCAGAGGAGACGAUUGAGCGCCUUCAGGGUGGCGGGAGCUCCAUCAAUCAUCAGACCUUGAGAGCUUCCAUUGCCGAGAGUGUAGCCCCUGCUUCAAGUUCCUUCAGUGCCGAAGAUCUGUCAACACGAGUGCCGCUGUCAUCAGGACUAGAACCCGUCGUGCUAGAAACAUCUCCUACAACACAUCAAAGCUGCCUUCAAGACCCCCCCCGACCAGCUGCAGCCAUCGACGGAACACCGCAAGACGGGUUGGCUAUAGAUCUCAGUGUGGAUGAACACGGCAAGAUAUGCUAUUACGGCCCAACAUCCGCUGUCCAUGAGCCUCUGGGCCUUGCAUCGCCAUCUACAAACUCAAUCAGUCGUGGGGAUGGAUCUAAGAGGACCGACAUCCGUGCUUAUCUGGUAUCGCGAGCUCGGGAAUCGACCAUCUGGGAGGAAUUUGCUCUUGGAAAUGCAUCGCUACAACUUGGAUUGCCGCGGCAAGUUAUGGCGAAGCUUCUUCAUCUGCACUGGACCUGGGUUGCUCCGAUGUUUAUGUGGGUGUAUAGGCCUGCAUUCAUGCGUGAUAUGACGACAGGCGGACGUUACUAUUCCGAACUUCUCCUCCUCGUGCUAUGCGCUCAUGCCUCGAAAUACUACGACAGUAACCAUGCGCAACUACUAUUCUCCCGUGUGCGAUUCCUCCUCGGCGACGAGAUACAGAAGCCUAGCUCUAUACCCACCAUCCAAGCUCUUUUGCAAUUGAGUGCCCGAGAACUAGCUCAAGGAGCCAUCUCGCAGGCGUGGCUGUAUAGUGGAAUGGCCUUCAGAAUGUCAGCCGACCUUGGAUUGCAGCAUAAUGGGCCCGAUAUAGCGGACCUCAAGGGACUGGAUCCAGUAGACUUGGAGAUUCGAAAGAGGUUAUUCUGGAGUUGCUAUUUCUGGGACAAAGCUAUCAGCCUUUACACAGGGAGACUUCCAGCAGUGACCGAACUACCGCAAAGCCCCAUUGACUUCAUGGAUGACUCUGCAGAGUCUGAUGUAUGGUCACCAUACUACGAAGACACUUCACCACUUACUCGACUAGCACCAAGCCAAUACCCCGUGAUGAAAAGUCACGCUGUGUCAUGCUUCGCAAACUCGUGUAAACUCUCUGUCAUCAUCAACGAUAUAAUAGUACAGCUCUACUCAAAACGAAGUAGAGCUAUAAACGAGUCGUCGCUGAACGAUAUCAAGGCACGUUUGGAGACAUGGCGUGCUGAGUCACCGGUGCAUCUGCGUUAUGACCCGGAGUAUCUACCAACCAUAUGUCCGCCUCCCCAUAUCAUCUCCCAGAAUCUACUAUACUUCACCACUGUUAUCCUCGCCCAUCGCCCAUUCUGGUCCGCCCCAGCAUACUACCGAGUCUGCAUGAGUGCCGCAUUAAGCAUGGAGAAACUCCUUCUAAUGCUUGAAUCAACCUUUGGCUUCGAGAACAUCACGUAUCUCAUGGGCUAUUGCAUCUACACAGGGGCUUCAGCCGUGCUAGAAGACGCGAAGAACAAUGAUGGCGCAACGCAUCCCACUAUGCAGACCUUUCUCAGAGCCCUCAACCGUGGCAUGGCAAAAUGUCCGCUUCUUGAGCGCAGCCUGCACAUCAUAAUAAAAGGCCUGAAGCGAACUCCAGUUCAACGUCCAGCACCGGAUCAGUCGUUAUCCGAUAACACGACCACAGCUACCAUGAACAGCUAUAUCCCUGCCUUCCCAUAUCUUGACCCCGUAAGCCCGAAUGACUUUGACAUGGAUGCGUACUUGAAUAGCAUGAGCAUGGAUGCGAUGGCAUCGUUGGAUUGUUACCCAGAGCUACAGAUUGAUCUUGAUGAAAUGAUGAGACAUGCACCGGCUUAGGAAUUAUCCAGCAGUUGUUUAAACGCCUUGAAGGGACUCAUACACAGUACCUAACAUGACGAGGAGUCUAUGGUGUUUUGAAGGACGGAUAUGCGUU